GUUGCCCUGCUACUUUUUCAACUAGCCCUAAUAGAUUGACAAUCUGUGACUGGCCCUAACCUACUCAAAAAAGGAUACAAUGGCUUUGCUGUACCAAAACAGCCCCCUAAAGUGGCUGAACAGAUAUAAAACUGGCUUAAAAGGGUUUCGCCGGUACUCCAAGCGACGAAGCGUAAUCCUAGGGAUAGAAUCGUCUUGCGACGAUACUGGCUGCGGAAUUAUCGACACUGAAGGGAACAUUUUGGGUGAAUCCUUGCAUUCUCAGCUAUUGGUGCACUUAAACAAUGGCGGAAUCAUCCCCCCAGUGGCAGGCGUUUUGCACAGAAAGAACAUCGAGCAAGUAGUAGAAUCUGCCCUAAAAUCGGCCAAUUUAUCAAUGAAGGAUAUUGACGCUGUCGCGGCCACAGUCAAGCCAGGCCUCCCAAUGUCUUUGGAAGUGGGGACAAUGUUCGGCAAGUUGUUGUGCAGGAAACAUCAGAAACCUUUCAUCCCCAUCCACCACAUGGAGGCCCAUGCGUUGACUGCCAGGCUGCAGAAUCCUUCUCUAGAAUUCCCCUUUUUGGUCCUGCUAAUCAGUGGCGGUCACUGUCUUUUGGCUGUAGCGCACAGUGUGGAUAAAUUCGCGCUGUUGGGAGAAAGUAUUGAUGAUGCCCCUGGGGAGGCUUUCGACAAGAUGGCCAGAAGAAUGAAGCUGAGGAAUCUGCCAGAAUAUUACGAGCUGUCUGGAGGCCAAGCCAUUGAACUAGCAGCCUCUAAGGCAGACGACCCCUUGCAAUUCCCCUUCACUCCUCCUUUGUUGCAGUACAAGGACUGCAAGUUUAGCUUUGCAGGGGCGAAAAAUGUAUGCAAGUACUAUAUAGAAAAGGAGGAACUCUCCAAAGGGGUGGCCCCAGACGAGGUUAUUCCUGACGUGGCCAACCUUAGCGCAGCCUUUCUACUCGUAGUCACUAAACAUCUGUGCCAAAGGCUGCAAAGAGCCAUGGAGUACGUGGCCCGCAAAAGCCUGAUUCCCAUCGAAAGGCAGACGCUGGUUGUCUCAGGUGGGGUGGCGUGCAACAACUUCAUCGCCCAGGGCUUGGAAAUCGUUUGCAACGAAUAUAACUAUAAGCUAGUAAGGCCGCCAGCCAAACUCUGUACAGAUAAUGGGAUUAUGGUCGCUUGGAAUGCCGUUGAAAGAUGGAAGGCCAAUAUUGGCGUCUACAAGGACUUUGAGGGCAUAGAAGUGGAAAAAAUCAGCCCGUUGGGCGCCAGUCUAAUUGAGGAUGUGUCUAGAGAAAAUAUCAGUUGCAAAUGGGUGAAGCUUGCCAAACUGUUGGACAAAGACAACCAGAAAGGAAUCAGUCAAAACCAAUGAUACUGUGUUUAUACUAAAACAGGUCCCUUUUCCACAAAGGGCUUCUUCAGGUCACUAUAAACAUCCUCGCUAUCGCUGCUUUCAUUCAAUUCGCUCACUAAGUCUAAUAGAUUUCUUAACCGGGUUUUCACCUUUAGAACAUCGCUCUGGCUCUCUUUGGCUGAGAUUGCCAGAAUGUCGGUGAAGUUUAUCGGUUUGUUAGGCUUCAAGUCUUCCUUGUAGGUUGAUAUGAACCCUAAGAAAGCCCUACUGUCAAUAUGGAGAAAUACACUAAAAUAGACGAUGUGGCUGA